AUGUUGAAGGUUGACGUGGUGGCUGUGGAGAACGGGGUCGCGGUGGGGGGUGCCUGGUACCCGGGGGGGAACGCCAGCUGCGCCGUCAGCAAGAUCGACUACGACGUGGACGCCUCCCUUUAUCACGUGUUUGCUGUGGAGUGGACCGACGACAGACUGAGGUGGUAUGCGGGGACGCGGCAGUACUGCGAGGUUACCAGCUUGGAUGUGGAGGAGGCGGGGGGGUCUUGGCCUUUCGGCGAGGAUAUGUACGUUGCGGUGGGAGUGACGGUCGGCCGAGGGGUCCUAGGCGGAGAAGAGCCGGUCAACGCGUCCUCGCUUCCUGCGACCCUCUCGGUGGGGCAGAUAAGCGCGCACCAGUUUACGGACAUGGAGGCCUCUCUGGAGCAGGCGGCGUCGGCGAUCCCCAUGUACCAGCAGGAAGGGAACCUCACCUGGCAAGACGAGUUCGACGGGAUUGAGCUCGACGCGGCGUCUCAGGAGGCGGCCGGAGAAGGGGCCAUGGGGCUGGAGUACUGGUGGCAACACGAGGAGGGUGACGGGUGCGAAAUGGACAUUUGCGGGUUUGGCAACGGGGAGGCCCAGUGGUACCGCAAAGAGAACGUGGUAAUACGGGAUGGGAAGCUCUCGAUCACGGCGAAGGCGGAGACAUACGCGGGGAACAUUUACACCUCUGCCAAGCUGAGCACCGACACGAUGGUAUCGAUAACCUACGGUCGGAUCGAGAUCCGUGUCAAGCUGCCCAAGGCGCAGGGGCUGUGGCCGUCCAUCUGGAUGCUACCCCAGGACAGCCCGUACGGGGGCUGGGCCUCGGGGGGCGCGAUCAACAUCCUCGAGGCACGGAACGAGAUGUCCAGGGUGCACGGCCAACUAGCAUUUGGCGGGGCCUACCCGGACGUGGAAAAACUGGACCUGAGUGAGGGGGGUCACUGCUACUCGGACCUCCACGAUGACCUGUCGGAGGACUACCACGUCUACGCCCUGGAGUGGGAGACGGACUCUUUCAGGUGGUACCUGGAUGGCGUGUUGUACUGCGACCGGCACUACUGGUAUUCCAGGCCCGGACCGGGAGAGGAAGACUACCCCUUCCCCGCCCCCUUCGACACGAGCUUCUACCUGAUCAUGAACGUGGCGGUGGGCGGCGACUUUACCGGAGGUCUGAUCGACGAGGGUAUGCAUAUCCCCUUGUCCCUAUCGUCGGAGGGUUACAGGGGGACAGCGCUCUUGUCCACCUGUGUUGGCGAACACCGUUGA